AUGACGGAGAUCACGUACAGCUACUCGCGGCCGGCCCGCGAGUUUGGCCGCAUGCCGGAGUUUCAGGCCAACGACAGCGAAAUUAUUGCCGACAUCGCACCGAAUGAGGUGAUCAAGGACACCUUCACGUCGCAGAACCCCAAGGAUAGCCAGGUGCAGAAUGUGCCACAGCUGUCCGAGGCGAGCACGAAUACCGAGUCCGUGCGCAUCAAAAAUCACGCACAGUAUCACGGUGAAGGUGGCUGGCCGCACGCCGUCGACCCGACCGAGUUCGAGGAGAAGAUGAAGUACUGCAAGAAAGUGGAGCGGGAGGAGGUCUACCUGCAGACGUGCGCGCGACUCGCCGAGCAGUGCGUCGAGUGCUGCGUGAAGCAGAACACGGCGAUGGACAUAUACGGCCACUACUUCCCUGAAGCUCCUCCGGCUGAAGAGGAGACGAUGGGGCCUGCAUCGCUGAAGGUCUGGGCGGUGCUGAAGGAUCCAUCCGAAGAGAAACGCACGGCGGCAGCUCUCUCGUGGCAGAACGAGGGCCGCCGGAUUGCCGUGGCCUAUUCUCGACUCAAGUUCCAGAGCCAGACGCCGACGAUGAGCACGAACUCGCACAUUUGGGACAUAAUGAACCACAACGAGCCUGUUGAGACGCUCGUCACGCCGUCACCACUGUGCAGCAUCGAGUACUACUCAAAGGAUCCUCACCUGAUCGCGGGUGGGAGCUGGAACGGUGUCGUGCAGUACUGGGACACCCGCCAACCGAACCGCCCGGCCGCCCGCUCCCUCAUCGAGGAGAGCCACAAGGAUCCGGUAUGGUCCCUGAAGUGGCUGCAGAGCAAGUCUGGCGAGUUACUGUCCGUCUCCACGGAUGGAAACGUCUUUGUGUGGGAUUGCCGUCUGCCGGAGAAGCCGAUGACAAUCCAUUCCAUUGCCGAGGACAACCUAGUGCUGCAGCCGCGCAGCAACGACGGCGGCGCCCGAGGUGUCCUCGGCGGCCUGUGCCUCGACUACGACCCGCAGGUGGGUGGACCAGCCAAGUACAUGAUCGGCACCGAGCAGGGUACGAUCUUGUCCUGCAAUCGCAAGGGCAAGACCCAGCACGAGAAGCUGCUGCCGAACACCUUCAACGGCCACCACGGGCCGGUCUACAGCGUGCAGCGCAACCCCGUCUUCUCCAAGUACUUCCUCACGGUCGGCGAUUGGACGGCGCGCUUGUGGUUCGAGGACUUCAAGUUCACGUCCAUGUUUAGCACCUUCUACCACAAGGCAUACUUGACCUGCGGUGUGUGGCACACGGUGCGGCCCGGCGUCUUCUUCACGACUCGCAUGGACGGGUACGUGGAUGUGUGGGAUUUGAUGCUGCGCCAGACCACGCCCUCCGUGUCUUUCCAGGUGUCUGACUAUGCCCUGCACACCAUCAAGCCCUCGCAGAGCGGCAACUACGUCGCCACUGGCGGCAUCGACGGCAAUGUGUCGCUGAUAGAGCUGUCCCCGUCGCUGUGCACGCUGGCCCCAGAUGAGAAGAACAUCAUCGGCACUCUCUUGGAGAACGAAAGCUUGCGGGACAAGAAUCUUGAUCGCGCCAUGAAGGAGAGACGUGCGGUGGAGCGUCAGCGUCAGCAUCGCAGCACGCUCAUCUCCGGCAUCACCAGAAGGCCGACGACCGAGGAAGCCGCGCUGGACGACGUUGCCGCGAAGUACGUUGAAAGGGUGAACGCCGAGAAGGCCCAGGACAUACACACCCGCGAAGAAGCUGAUGCGCUGCGACUCAAGGCACUGGAGGACCUGGAGGAUGGCAUAGAUCUCUACGACUAG